ACUAGAAUAAAUAAAAGGGGUGGCCCAUUGUGGCGCGAACCGAGAAGCCGCUGCUCGUGAUUUUGCAUCCCCACCGUCGGGUUCGCACUUGCAAGGGUCGGAACAAGCUCAUAACCUGCUUCAAGAUCUUUCGAAAGAAGCAAGAAAGGAACAACCAAGAGAUGGAGAGAAGCCCACAAAUCCAAAGAAGCACCAACCACCUUUCUUCCACGAUCCAUCUAACCCAAAAAACAAGAAACAACUCAGUUUCGUCUUUUCAACACCUUCAUCUAUCAAUUUGUGGCUAAUUAAUUAAUUAAAAUCCAACAAUGGCAGAAGCAGCACUUCGAGGACUUGGACGCGCCAGUGGCGCCUUGGCAGCGGGUGCUUUCACAGUCUCGCAAUGUCUGUACAAUGUGGAUGGAGGCGAACGAGCCGUCAUGUUCGACUCGUUGCGAGGUGGUGUUCAACAGUUUGUCAGAGGCGAAGGCACCCACUUUAUGAUUCCUAUUGUCCAACGUCCUAUUGUGAUGGACGUUCGUACCAAGCCUCGUGAAAUUCCUUCCGUGACGGGAACCAAGGAUUUGCAAAUGGUCAACAUUAAGCUUCGUGUGCUUUGGAGACCCAUUGUGGAAGAGUUGCCACAGUUGUACCAAGAACUCGGUGUGGAUUUUGACGAGCGAGUCUUGCCCAGUGUUGGGAAUGAAGUGCUCAAGUCGAUUGUGGCACAAUACAACGCCGAAGAACUCCUCAGUAAGCGUGAGGAAGUCUCCGCUCGCAUCAAGGCGGAAAUGCUCAAGAGAGCCAAAAUUUUCCACCUUAUUUUUGACGAUGUGGCCAUUACACACUUGACAUUUGGCCGUGAAUAUAUGAAGGCCAUUGAAAUGAAGCAAGUAGCUUCGCAGGAAGCCGAACGCCAGCAGUGGGUCGUCAAGAAGGCCGAACAAGAGCGACAAGCUGUAGUCACUCGUGCCGAGGGAGAGGCCGAAGCCGCCCAGAUUAUUACCGAUGCCAUGGAAAAAACUGGCAAUGCCAUUAUUGAGGUGCGAAGAAUUGAUGCGGCCAAGGAAAUUGCUGGAAAACUUGCAUCCUCCAGAAACAUUGUCUAUCUUCCCAGUGGCGGUGGCGGCUCGGGUGUUGGCGGUAGCGGUAGUAGUGGAGGCGGUGGUGCCAAUCUUCUGUUGGGAAUUGAUACCAAAUAGAAGAAAGAAAUUGCUGUGAUGGAAAGAUAGACGGUACAGUACAGUGCACUUGAAGGAACAAAAUGGAUGACCUGCUUGCAUGAUUUUGAAGGUUUGACGCAGUUGUAGUAAACGAAGGGAUGCUAAACCAAACAAUUAGUUACUUGUGGAAAUUCG